CCAAUGUGGUUGAAUCGGUGACCUUAUUAUUAUUCACGCUUUGGCUCAUGAUUAAAGGUAAUGUUAAAUGUUACACCCCCAUUGUUUCGCUAAUAAUGUCUAUUGAUGUAAUUAACUCUUACAACAUUCAGAGAUAGUGGCUGUCAUUUAUUAGGAUUUUCUGAAACCACUCAGAUCCCUGAAGGUAGUGCAAACAACAUUGUGAAUCAAAUGCAGCAAAAUCAUAAUCCAGUAGUUGAUUCUGACUAACAGCACAGAGAAUGUUAUUAAUCGUACUUGAUCUGUAUCGUGGCUAUUGCAUUCUCUGCAGGUUGUCUACAUGUCAUAAUGAAUAGGAGGAGAAUUGGCCCAUUCGGCCCAUCGGGUCUACUCUGGCAUUCAAUCAUGGCCGUUCUAUCUCUCCCUCCUAACCCCCAUUCUCCUGCCUUCUCCCCAAAACCUCUGACACCUGUACUAACCAAGAAUCUGUCUAUCUCUGCCUUAAAAAUAUCUACUGACUUGGCCUCUACAGCCUUCUGUGACAAAUAAUUCCACGGAUUCACCUCCGACUAAAGAAAUUUCUCCUCAUCUUCUUAAAAGAACGUCCUUUAAUUCUGAGGUUAUGGCCUCUAGUUGUAGACUCUCCCACUAAUGGAAACAUCCUCUCCACAUGCACUCUAACCAAGCCUUUCACUAUUCUGACGUUUUCAAUGAGGUUCCCCCCUCAUUCUUCUAAACUCCAGCGAGUACAGGACCAGUGCUGACCAACGCUCAUCAUAUGUUAACCUACUCAUCCCUGGGAUCAUUCUUGUAAACUUCCUCUGGACCCUCUCUAGAGCUAGCACAUCCUUCCUCAGAUAUGGUGCCCAAAGUUGCUCACAAUAUUCCAAGUGUGGCCUAACCAGCGCCUAAAAGAACCUCAACAUUACAUCCCUGUUCUGUAUACGAGUCUUCUUGAAAUACCCUGAGUUUGCUUUCUUUACUACUGAUUCGACUUGCAGGUUAACUCGUCAAGUGGAGUUAUUGUCACAUGCACAAGUAUGACGAGGUACAGUGAAAAUGCUUUGAUUGCAGCAACAUCACAGAUACAUAGAAUCAGACAACACAUAUAAACAUAAAUUAUACAUAGAUUCUGUAAGCCAAUAAAAAGAAAACUAUGCUAAAACAACAAGACAUUUGUGUAAACCACAAGUGGUAGUGCAAGAGGUGGUCCGCUACCGAUGCAGGUUAGGGUUAUGCAAGUCAAGAAGCUGAAAGUAGCUGUUGCUGAACCUGGCCGUGUAGACUUCAGGCCUCUGUACCGCUUGUCUGACCUUGUAAACUAACUAAAGUAAGCGCUUUAACAGACCAAUUGGAACUGAGUGUGAAGUCUCUAUGAAUUCCGAACCUAUGAUCCUGCUGUCAAAAACAAAAUACUGCAGAUGCUGAAAAUCUGAAGCCUGAUCUUCUGCUUUUAUUUUACAAUCACACUGUUCCCAGCGUUAUCAGUGUAAUAAGCAGGCCAGACAUUAUUACAAAUAAUCUUGAAAGUAUCCUGAAACAAUUUAUAAAAGGGACAGCUUUUAUAAUCGAUCACGGUGCUGGCAGUAGCUUGAAUCGCGUUACAUACAGUCCGGGCCCCGUUCAUCUCACUAAUGUGAACAAUAGGAACAGCUUCCCGAACAAAUUGCACUUUGCUGGUGAAAAUGCUGCCCCGACUUCCUGGAAUAACACUAUCGACUACAUUCAUGUGAUUCAGGAUCGCCCGGUAUCUUAGCGUCUCCGGCCGAUUGCACGCACAGAAAAUGUCAUUGAAAAUCAUUCCAACUCUCUUGAGCAAUAAUCUAACACAAGUAUCAAUUACCGCAGUCAGGGAGUAGUGUCAUAAAAGGGGCGAGGAUCGGCACUUGUCCCAGACGCUGGUUAAUUUUCCAUGCAAACAGUGGCUUGGUGCACAAUCGAUCCCGCUUCCCGUCACUGUACACAAACUGUUGGGGUGUGUAGAACUGAUCCCGCUCCCCGUCACUCUGUACAGACUGAAUCGAUCACCCGCUCCCAGUCACCGUACACACAGACUGUAAGGCUGGAGAAGAGAAUAGAGGAACUGACAGCUCAAUACCAGGAAUUGGACCAGAAUGCAAAGUAUCUCAUGCAAUCCUUUGAGCCACACUCUGAAAACAUUGCAAAACAAGCUGGACAGGAUGAGAUGUGGUCAGUGCUCCUGGACCACAGGUUCACAAGUGUGGAAGUUAACCUAUUCUUCAGUUAUGUUGUUGACAUGCUUCAGUCUUUGCAUUCUCGUGUGUUGGAGAAACAUCCAGGGUAUGCCAGCAUUCUGCCCAAUUUGUCUUCUGUCUUGAAGAGGAAGGUUUGGGAUAGGGAACUUGAGGCCACGUGGAUAAACGUGCUUUCAGAACUUGGUCUGAAUGACUCUGAUGAGAAAGCUCUAUGCACAUUCUUUGUUACUUACCACAAUGAGGCGGAAUAUUACCCACCUCCUGCAAGAAAGAAGUACAAUCAGAACAUCCAAGGGGUGUUAAACAAGGCUGUGUCCAGCCAUAUUCUACACCACUGUCUCCUCCAUCUUGUGCAGUUGGCAGAAAAAGAAAACAGCGUGAUGGCGACUGAGAAUCAAUGCACCACGAGGGCUAACGCUCCCUAGAGCCUGCACCAAGUCAAAAGGAGGAGAGUAGGGUCCAUGUACCAUUGGAAAUGAACUGUCUCGGGAAUGGCUUCAUUGGUCACAUUGUAAUGUAAACACUUUGCAUUAAUAAAUUUAUUG